AUGCACGACUUCGCUCCGAACUCCUUCGCCGAGGACGAGGAGAACGAAGACGACGCGUGGACUCCCCUCCAGCUCGCAGCCUCGCAGGGCGACCUUCCCCUCGUGCAAUCCCUCAUUCCCACCUGCGACGUCAACGCCCCACCAAACGGUUUCUACGGCCGCAACGCCCUGCAGGCAGCCUCCGCGCACGGGCACCUCGCCGUCGUGCGCGCCCUCCUUGCCUCCAACGCUGACCCCAACGCGGCGGGCGGAAACAACGGUGGCCUCACGGCCGUGCAGGCGGCGUGCAGUGGCGGGUUCGCGGAGAUCGUGCACGUACUCGUCGCCGCCGGUGCACGCAUCGACGCGGGCCCCGCGCGCUACCGCGGGCGGUCGGCGAUCCAGGCUGCCGCGGAGGGCGGGCACGUCGCGCUGGUGCGCGAGCUGCUGGACCUGGGCCGCGUGGAUGUGAAUGGCCCGAUCGCGCGGUAUGCGGGGUGCUCGGCGCUGCAGGGCGCCGCUGCUGGACGGGAUACGCGGUAUCUGGAGCUCGUGCCGAUUCUGCUUGAUGCUGGUGCGGACGCAGAUGCCCCGCCAGCGCGGUAUAACGGCCGCACGGCUCUGCAGGCUGCAGCACAAUCGGGGUACCUCGAGAUGUUAGACCUGCUGCUACGACGUGGCGCUAAUGCCAACGCGCCCGGUGCGUACUACAACGGACGCACAGCGCUCGCUGCGGCGGCUGAAGCCGGGCACAAGACGGUAGUACGGAGGCUGCUCGAGAGUGGCGCAGACGUAUACGCUCUCUGCGGUAAUCCGCCACAGCGCAGGGCUCUGGAGCUUGCGGUCGCGGCUGACCAGUCGGAUGUCAUUCGUCUGCUGGAGUCGGCAGAAGGGUUAGGUUGCGAGGAACUGCUUGAGGAGCAGGACGAGUGA